GGUAUGCGGUCGCUCCUAGUUUUUCCUAUGAUCUGCUGUGUGCAGGGCUCAGUUUGUAAAUCAGAAGUUACCUGAACGCGAAUGGAUGGGCGUGGCCGUGCAUGCCGCUGCAGUUAUUGAUGAAAGAUGGAUGACAAGCUGUGCCUCUGCGAAUGGAAAGGGCAGCUGUGGCCGGCAAAGAUUCUAAGAUGUGCUGCCCAGAAAUCCAGGGGAAAGAAUGAAACUGAGGUUGAAAUCCUGGGUGAAAAGGAAAGAGAUAAGGCUCCUCAGAGGAAGCUUCCAGUGUCUGUGAGGAAAACGACAGCUCAGCAGCCAAACCAGUCAUUAAGAAGGAGAUAUUGUGGAUACGCAAGGUUGUGGGUCCAGCAGAGUGAAACGGUGCCCCUGACUGAGCAGAGGAUUGAGACGAUCGCUCAGCAGCUGGGUCGCCAUGCUGCCAGAGAUCCGACGGAGGAACUGAGGUACCGCAAGGCUCUGCGCUUGGCCCUGAACAUUUUUGCCAAACGUGAUGGUCAGUGCUCUCCUGAGAAGGAGCCACUCCAGCCGUCUUCAUGGCUUUAUGCCGUUUCUGCUCAGCCGGCUGGGCGGGAGGGUCCAAUUGGUGCUGGCCAGCCGGUGGCUUGCUCUUCGCCCUUGCAACCUGCGGCGGUCCCAGCAAAGGCCACAGGGAGACGCAGCAGGAGUGGCUGGUUGGACCCGCGCUGCUUACAGCUGCAAUCUGAUCAUGAAACUGAGCUGGCGCCAUCUUCGGAUCCCCAGCCGCUACCAGAAAAAAGGCCAAGACGCGAGGGGGCUUUGGGAGAGGCCUGCAAGGCUUCCGGGAGCGUGUCUGCUGGAGAUGACCAUGUGGCUCGCCGCGGCCCCGUAGUGCGAACUGGCAGAGGGAGGCGGGCGAGGGAGCCGAGCGGGAUGAGUGUGGGAGGCAGGAACAGCGAGCGGGACAGAAGGCCACAUGGCGAUGGUGAGGACAUCUCAAGGACUACUAGUAUGGGGCCACUGAAGGGCCAGGCUGGGCUCAGAGGUGGGGUGACUGCACGCAAAACACACACUAGAAAGUACAGGGCCUCUGGGAGAAGAGGAGCCAUGCCCAGGGACCUGUCCCUGGCUCCGCCCCGGGACACACUAGGAAACGAGCUUCUGGAUAAGGCUCCCCGCCCUGUCCUCGGUCCUCAGGAGACCGUAUCCGAGUGUCCAGGCUCUGCCUCUGGCUCGCCUGAGCUGGAAACUCAGUGGAGGGCAGAGACCCAGGGAUGUCGGAGCACCAGAUCAGCCGGUGAGGAGCGACAGUGCCUGGGGCCUCGCUCCAAAGUGGUGGUGGCCAGAGACAAAGCCAGGCCUGGGGGCAGGCCACGAAAGGCAGCUGCAGAGAUGUUGGCUGGAGACAAAACCAGGCCCAGGGGCAGGCCGCGAAAGGUAGCUGAGAAGGUGGCAGCAGGAGUCAAAGCCAGGCCUGGGAGCAGGCCACAAACGGCAGUGGCGGAGGCAACGGCUGGAGACAAACCUAGGCCCUGUGGCAGACCCCGAAAGGCAGCCACAGAGAUGGCGGCUGGAGACAGAGCCAGGCUCGGGGGCUGUCCGCGAAAGGCAGUGGCGGAGGCAGUGGCUGGAGACAAAGCUAGGCCCAGGGGCAGGCCGCGAAAGAUAGCCGCGGCAGCUGGAGACAGGGCCAGGCCCGGGUGUAGGCUGCGAAAGGCAGCCGAGGAGCUGAUGGCUGGGGACAAAGCCAGGCCCGGGGGCAGGCCGCGAAAGACAGCCGUGGAGCUGGGGGCUAGAGACAAACCCAGGCCCGGGGGCAGGCCGCGAAAGGCAGCCGCGGGGCUGGCUGCCGGAAAUAAACCCAGGCCCGGGGGCAGGCCACGAAAGGCAACCGCGGAGCUGGCAGCUGCAGACAAAGCCAGGCCUGGGGGCAGGCCGCGAAAGGCAGCCGGGGAGCUGGCAGCUGGAGACAAAGCCAGGCCUGGGGGCAGGCCGCGAAAGGCAGCCGGGGAGCUGGCAGCUGGAGACAAAGCCAGGCCUGGGGGCAGGCCGCGAAAGGCAGCCGGGGAGCUGGCAGCUGGAGACAAAGCCAGGCCUGGGGGCAGGUGA